UCCAGAUUCCACUCGCGGCUUCCUUCGGAACCUGCCACGGAUUUUAACAAUCCAGCCAACGGCCGUUCCGAAGGUUCCCCGGGUUCCACGCACGUCCAGCCCGCUAACCGCCUCCGAACCCCCCGCCACCCCCAGCACACACGCGCGCUCCCGCCCUCGAGGAGAGGCGGGGAGGCGCGGUCGGCUUUAGCCGAGCUCUGGUUGCUAUAGGCGAGUUUGGCGGCCCGGUUGCUAAAGGCGGAGCCGAGCUCGGCACGUCGCUCCGAGACGAGCCGGGGCUUUUUGCGUUGUUAGGCGGAAGUCCGUGGCCUAAGAAGAAGAAGAAGAAGGAGAGAGAGAGAAAGAAAGAAAGAAAAGGACCCGGAUGCCGAAAGUAUGGAGUUCCCUUUCGACGUGGACCUGCUCUUCGGCGAGCGGAUCGCGACGGUGGAUCAGCAUUUGCAGCCGUCGGGCAGAAAGGGAGCCGGGCUCGCCGCCACUCACAGAGCUGAUAUGCAGCAGCAACUCAUGAAGAUCAUAGAUGAGAUGGGCAAAGCCUCUGCCAAGGCCCAGAAUUUGCCAACUCCAAUCACCAGUGCCUUAAGGAUGCAAACCAACCGCCAUGUGCUCUACAUCCUGAAAGACAGUGAAGCAAAAAUGGCUGGCAAAGGGGUUAUAAUUGGUUUCCUCAAAGUUGGUUACAAAAAACUCUUUGUAUUGGACCGUCAAGGGGCUCACAAUGAAGUGGAACCACUGUGUGUGCUGGAUUUCUACAUUCAUGAAUCUCUUCAGCGGCAUGGCUAUGGCAAGGAGCUCUUCCAUUACAUGCUGCAGCGAGAACGAGUAGAACCCUAUCAAUUGGCAAUCGACCGGCCAUCGGAAAAACUUCUGUGCUUCCUACGUAAACAUUAUAACCUCAGUGACAUAAUCCCCCAGGUGAAUAAUUUUGUAAUUUUCCAUGGCUUUUUCAGCCACCAGCAUGCUCCAGCGAGAAAACUGCCCCCAAAGCGCUCUGAGGGAGACAUAAAACCAUAUUCGCUGUCAGAUCGAGAAUUCUUGAAGGAAGAAACUGAGCCACCUUGGCCCUUCAAUCAGUCUCGGGCACUGACCCGCUCUAGCAGUGUGGGAAAUUCUCCAGUGCGAGGCUGCCUCAAACCUUUUCUCAACGAGCAAGAGUUGCUGAAGAACUUGCGUCUCUGUCCCCCACAUGCAGCUGCCCAACACCUGAUCAAUGGUGAUCCGGGCAACUUGCUUUCACAGAGGCGGAGAACCAGCUCCCUGAACCGCUCUGAAAACAGCCAUUGAUCGCCGGUCUCUGCUAUGUCUCCCCAACCAUUGGGCCUCUACUUGUGUCUUGAGCACUUUCUAGCAGCAAGAUUUGAAUUUCAUCCAGUUUCUUCAUCCUCUUCUUUUUAAUAAGCUUUAUGGGUACAGCCUAUAAGGAUGGGCAUAAGCCUAUAAGGAAGUGGGUUUAUUUAUAUAACAUUUGAGUGUGUCUAGGUUUCACUUUUUCAACAUUACGAUUUCCAAAAGUGCUUAAGAAGUGGAACGUAAUUGCGAUUUGGAUGAGCGGAUUCUCCUACUUGAUUAUUUGCCUUUUAGAUCCAACUAUUUAUGAAGGUAUGUUUUAGUUCCUAAAUGGUUUAAGUUUACAGCCGGGAAAUGAUUAGUAUUGACUUGUUACCUGGCAUUACGGUAAUAUAAACGGAUGCCUGCUACAGCAUGGGUUUUGCCAAUGACCCGCACCAUGACUUAAUUUAAUUUAACUUAACUUAAUUUAAUCUAAAUUAGAUUAAAUCAGAGGGCACCCAAGUCCAGAUGAUUCUGGGUGCCGUAGAUUUAAAAAAAAAAAGAGCAAGAACAAUAAAAAUGAAACAGAAUGCAAGCGUCCAGAAGGGAAACCUGGAACCCAAAGAUGCAAAGGGUAAUUAGUUGGCAGCCAUAAAUUAUUGUUGAUCUACAUAAGGAUUCUCUUUUUGGGGGCCUGGUAGCCAAAGGAGUAUUCUUAUACUGUAUCAGAUGUGGGCCAGAUGGUUUUUACAGUAAAGGUUUUAUUUAAUUUAAUUAGUACUGAUACUAUUGCUACUCUGUGGAUGAGGGUCGUUUCUAGUGUUGGCUUUAGAUCUUGAAGAUAAUGUAUGUUGUUCUUUCAGAGAGUUGAAUGUGAGUUAGUAGAGGCAUUGGUACAUGUGUUGUCGUCUCUAGUAAAUUGUUUCAGAGAGUUUGUAGCAGGUCGGAAGUCCUGCCUGUUUUUACUUGGUUGUUAAUAGAAAAGUGUAGAUAAAUCUUCUUAAGUAAGAUCAUGAAGGAUUAUUUCUCAGCAGAUUUUGAAUGAAAACAAUUAAGAGAGUUAAUUGAAAUCUUUGCAAAUUGUCAUUGAGCUACUACCAUGUUUCCCCAAAAAUAAGACCCUGUUUUAUAUUUUUUUUGAACCCUGAAAUAAGCCCUUGGCCUUAUUGCCAUGCACUCAAAAGCCCGAUUGGGCUUAUUAUCAGGGGAUUUCUUAUUUUGGGGGAAACCGGGUGUAAUAUUAAUAUUUCAGUGAGGUUUAUUUAUAUGCUGUUCUGGUGUUUGGCAAGUGAUCUAUUUCAAGAUAAAAGACCUUUGGUUUAGUAAAAGAUGUAAAAAUGAUUCUCCAUAGGAUCUUUGAUUCAAAAAUGAACCAUGAAAACAUGUAUAAGAGGGCAAUGUUAGACUAAGUAAGUUAAAAUUUAGUUUAAAUUUAGAUACACCAAGGGAAAUUCAGAUUCCUGACCAAGGGAAAGAAACACCGCUAGAUUCUGUCUUUCCCUAUAAUCAUGUUAUUCUCUUUCUCUUGGUCUCACUCACUUUCAAACACACGUAUUCAGAAUCUAAUGAGAAAUAUUCUUUAACAAGCUUGCCUUGGUCUGUCUUGAAAAUACCUUUAAAUGGGGCUAAGUUAAAGCACGUGGCUGGUAGUCUUUUUUUUUUUUUAAGAAAGAAGCAGAAGUUUACUCUUUUCAUUAGGUCUGCAGCAAAGUUUACUAUUUAUUAUAAAACCUAGUUGUACUUAAAUACUGUAAGACUUUCUCUUGGGCUUGGUGCAUUGGAUUUUGGUACCAAAAUUUACCAUUGAGUUCUCUGUCAUUUUAAAAGACUAAUGGUGAUAAUAAAUCAUGUUCAUUAUAUUAGGAUCUGAUGGAAAGACCAAGCAGGUGCCAAGGUCUGAAUGGGCAGCCUUGUCCUCUCCCAGGCCACAUGUGAACUCUGUUUUUUAAACCUGCCAAACUCUGCAAGAAUCAUUAAAAAUCAGAGUCCUUGUAAUGUAAUGCUUAAAAUAGGUUGGAUAUAGUUGGAAAGCCAGAACAGAUCUCUCAGUUCUGACCCAAUGCUAGGACGGUUGGAGUUAGGAGGGCUGUAUUAAAAUACAUACUAAGGCCCUUCUGAGCUCCAGAAUGUGCCAGUGGCAACAUAGGGAUGGGAUGGCAAUGAGAAACGUUCUAGAUCAAGUCCAUCUUCAUGUGUUACUGCGUUGAUAGCCAGUAAUUCUCCAGAUUAGAUAUGUUUAACCAGACAGCCUAGGAUCUUAGGAAGGGUCCUCUUCAACUAAGAGCAGUGUUUCUCAACUUCGGCAACUUUAAACUGUGAGAACUAUAACUCCCAGAAUUCUGAUGGGGAGCUCUGGGAGUUGAAGUUCACACAACUUAAAAUUGUCGAGGUUCAGAAACACGGCUACAGAUACUUCCUUCUCCCUGUUAUAAGACUUCCUUAAAAGUCUUCCUCAAAAGCUCUAAAGGCCCAGCCAUUAAUUGGUUGACAAUGCUAUUCCAUUUUUUUGUUCUUUACAUCAGUAUUUGUUGUAAUUUGUCCUUUGUUGUAAUAGGAGAUGGGAAAGAGAGAGGAGCCAAAAUAGGAUUUAUUAUAACCGACAUGAAACUUAUGAAAAGGGUUGCAAAACUGUGGUUUGUGUAUAGGCCAUUCCUUUGGCCCCAGAGCCUUCCAGAUUGGGAGAGCCAACGAAUUUGACCCUUUCGGCGUUUUGCUGGGAUUAGAGAAAGCUGAGGACCAAGUGACUACUUUAAGAGAACUAAGGUAUCAAGUUCUCCUCAUAACACCCACCUCACAAAAUGAGGAUCUUCUUACCGGUAGGUAAUUUGUCCCUUUAUGAGCCAUGUAAAGUCAGGUAUGAUCCUUUUGUUGAUGGAAGUUACAUGCUCAUGAAUCUAAUUAUUUACAACCUUUGCUUUUGACUAUAGGUCCAUUUCUCUGAGGGUCAUGCAAACAUCCUUCCGUAAUUCUGGGCUGUACUUGGAGAUGACUUAGAGAGCCCAUUUGAUGUAGUGGUAAAGGUGCUGACCUAGAAGUCAGGGGACUGUGAGUUCUAGUUUUCCCUUAGGCAUGAAAAUCGGCUAGGUGAUUUUGGGCUAGUCAUUCUCUUUCAGCCCAACCCACCUCACAGGGUUGUUGUGAGGAAAAUAGGUAAGAGAGUUAAGUAUGCUCGCUGCCUUGAGUUGACUGAAGUAUGUUAAAAAGGGGGUAAAAAUAAUAAAUAAACAAAUAAAUAAAUAAAUAAAUAUAAUAAUAAUAAUAAAAAAUAACAGCAACAACAUCACAGUCGUCCCAGAAGGCUGGAAUUUUUGCUUUAAUUUGCAAUUCUGUUGGAUUUAACAGUGUAUGUUAAGCUUUGUUGGGAGCUUAACAUACGUAUUUCCUAUCACGUGCCACUGAAUUUGCCACGGCUUAGGAAGAAUGAUAGAACACAGGUAGUUCUCGACUUAUGACCACCAUUGAGCCCAAAACUUCCAUUGCUAACUGAGAUACGGAAUUAUGUGAGUUUUGCCCCAUUUUGUGACUUUUCUUGCCUCAGUUGUUUAAGUCAGGGAUGGGCAACUGUGGCCCUUUUACAACCUGUGGACUUCAACUCCCAGAAUUCCUGAGAUAGCUUGUUAUUAAGUUAGUAACACGGUUGUAAAGUAAAUCUGGGUUCUCCAUUGACUUAGCUUGUGACCCUGGGAUUCUGCAACCGUCAUAAAUAUGAGCCAGUUGCCAAGCGAUCGAAUUUUGAUCAUGUGACCAUGGGGCUGCUGCAAAGGUCGUAAGUGAAAAACAACCAUGUCACUUUUUUCAGUGCCAUUGUAACUUCAAAUGGUCACCAAACAAAACGUCGUAAGUCGAGGACUACCUGAAAAAGGUAAGCUUUGGAACCACGUGGGUCCUACAGCUUGUACAGAAUGAAUCCCCAGCCAUUAAUCUAAUCCAUAAACUCUAAAGGAAAUGACAAGUGCUAAAUUCUUUGCUGUUUCAGCCCAGUGCCAUUUUCUUGUCUUUCUCUGUUUUGUGGUCAGUUGCUUGUGCUUAUAUGUUGUCUUUUAAAUGUUAUUCUGCCUGUGGUAGGUUAUUGCCCUUUGGUCAGCCCCCAGCACUGUUGAGGUGUUUGCUUAGUAGGUCAAAAGGAUGUGUUUGGUGUUUUCAACCUAGAACAGUUGCCAUGCUCCUCAAAAGCAGGAGAAGUCGAAACUCUCAGCUUCGUUUUCAGAACUGAACUGAAAGAGAUGUUGGGAAUUCGGAGAAGGAAAUGAAAAAUUAAGAGCUGAGUCCAGAUUUGUAAGCACGGAAGGGAGAAUUGGUAAGGUAGUGUCAAGAGGGAGGUGUUAGGAGUCAGGUGCGGAAAACAAAGAAUUGUUAUAUUAUAAUUAAAUGUUCUGUUAUAAGGAAAGGGAAAUGGGGAAGCAAAUGUGUGCCAAGUUCAUUCAAACACUGUGCCAGGGGAGGAAAAAUUGGUCUAACAAAUACAUAAUUGCUUAGCUUUCUCAGUGUGGUUGGUACUUGUACUAACCCUCCCUAUGCUGUCCAGUUGUGUAACUCCGCAGUUGUGUUUGCUGUGCCAGCUAGGAGUACUGCAGUGGCCAUUGUAGUCUAAGGCCAGAGGGUGUCAGGUGGAAGAAAAACCAAGAUGCCAUCUAACACAUCUGGAUGUGUUAGAAUGUGAGAAUGGCUCUGUUGGCUUGAGAUUCUGAGGAACCAAAGGCCAUCAUUUGGAAGGAACUGGUUUGCGAAAAGUUGCAUUAUGGAACCAUUAUUGGAAAAAAUAUUGGUAACAGGAUGGGAGGAGUCUUAGGCUGAAUCCCCAUUCAGUUAUGAUGCCUGUUGGAUGACCUGGAUCAAGUUAUUUGCCAGAUUUCCUCAUCCUGCAAGGAUGAAACAAGCGAGGAGAUCUAUGCUCUGGGAUCUUUCCAAGCAGCUUGGGGAAAGAUUGGGCUAAAAAAGUAAUUCUGAUUUGAAGUCAGUCCUUCUUGCCUUUGAACAGUACUAAUUAGUUCUCUCGGUUCUUGUAUCUUCUGAGAUUUUUUUUACCAGAGUUCAUUUUUAGGCCUGUUUUUGCCCCGGUGCCAAUAUAUUUGUUCCCACUACUUAUUUAACAAAAUCCCGGGAGCUCUGAAUGAUUAAUCUGAAGCCAAAUGCCUCCUCUUCGCUUCCUUUUGAGUUGACCAUCACUUCCUCUGCAAUCAGGCACCUGAGUGACACUGAGCUUCGCCAUCUAUAUCAGGCGGGUCAAACUCGCAGCCCGUGGGCUCGAUGCAUCACACUCUGGCCACACCCACCUCCAGUUUAGCGAAGGGAGGAAAAGUCACAACACAUCACGUGACGACAACCUGAUGCCGCACGUUUGACACCCCUGAUCUAUACUAGAAACCCGGAGAACUAGUCUGUCAGGGACAGGGUACGAUACUCAAAGUCAGAAGACUUGGUGCUGAGAACAAAGCACAAAGAGAAUACUGCUAUCUGUUGAAACCAUGCUGGUUUCCCCAUUUUUCAAAGCAUCCAACUGGGCCCCCCCAACAAACUCAUUUGAUCCAGUAUUGCAUUUCUCCCGUCUUCCAUUUUCCCGAUGGAAAAAACUUGGAAGUCAACAUCGUAGCCCCUUGAGAAGGAAGUCAGGUUGGCAGCUAGAACUGUGUCUGCUAUCCUCAACCCAGUGGCAGCCUUUACUGAAGGUUCCUUGUAGAACACCAUAGGCUGGACUUCCCCAGCACCUCCAAAGGUGUUAACCCAGUUCCCAUAAUUCCCCAUGUGGGGAAUUCGUAGAUGUCAACUCUGUUCAUUUGUGAAGAACUCUUUCUCUCUCUCACUCUGCCCCCUUCCCGCCUUUUUUUUUGGUCCGGCAGUUUUCCAGCAGCCUUUUGUUUUCCACUGUACCUUCUUGGUCCCCUUCUGAUCAAAACAGCCAAGAUCCUGACUUGCCUUUGGCUGUUUAGUGUGUGGCGUGAUCAAAUAAUGAACUUUUGUUUACAUUUCAAUAAUAAUAAAGUUUGGAUUUUUUAAACAUUAUAA